GCCUCAACGGCAGCGCGGCGGAGCCGCGAGCGGGCACCCCCUACCCCCUGCACGUCACGCUGGCGCUGGUGGGCCUGGCGGGGCUGCUCAUGCUCGUCACGGUCUUCGGCAACGUGCUGGUCAUCAUCGCCGUCUUCACCAGCCGCGCCCUGAAGGCGCCGCAGAACCUCUUCCUGGUGUCGCUGGCCUCGGCUGACAUCCUGGUGGCCACCCUGGUCAUCCCCUUCUCGCUGGCCAACGAGGUGAUGGGCUACUGGUACUUCGGCAAGGUGUGGUGCGAGAUCUACCUGGCGCUGGACGUGCUGUUCUGCACCUCGUCCAUCGUGCACCUGUGCGCCAUCAGCCUGGACCGCUACUGGUCCAUCACGCAAGCCAUCGAGUACAACCUCAAGCGCACGCCGCGCCGCAUCAAGUGCAUCAUCGUCAUCGUCUGGGUCAUCUCAGCCGUCAUCUCCUUCCCGCCGCUCAUCUCCAUCGAGAAGAAGAGCGGGCAGCAGGCCGACCAGCGGGCGGCGGGCUGCAAGAUCAACGAUGAGAAGUGGUACAUCAUCUCCUCCUGCAUCGGCUCCUUCUUCGCCCCCUGCCUCAUCAUGAUCCUGGUGUACAUGCGCAUCUACCAGAUCGCCAAGAGCAGGACCCGCGUGCCGCCCGGGCGGCGGGGGGAGCCCUCAGAGAAGAGGCAGAACGGGCUGGCCGACAAGGAGGCGGCGCCCACCACCACCAAGCUCAACGGGGAGAAGGCGGCGGGUGGAGAGGACCAGGAGAGGGAGGUCAACGGCUUAGACAUGGAGGAGACGUCCUCUUCCGAGCACCAGGAGACCCACCCGAGCAAGAAGCAGGAGAAGCCGCCGAGGGGCAAGGCCAAGACCAAGCUGAGCCAGAUUAAGCCGGGGGACAACUUGCCCCAGCAGGCGGAGGAGGAGAGGAAUGCCAAAGGGUCCCGCUGGCGGGGGAGGCAGAACCGGGAGAAACGCUUCACGUUCGUGCUGGCCGUGGUGAUCGGGGUCUUUGUCGUCUGCUGGUUCCCCUUCUUCUUCACCUACACGCUCACGGCCGUGUGCAAGAGUUGCUCCGUGCCCGAAACCCUCUUCAAGUUCUUCUUUUGGUUCGGCUACUGCAACAGCUCCCUGAACCCCGUCAUCUACACCAUCUUCAACCACGACUUCAGGAGGGCCUUCAAAAAGAUCCUCUGCAGGAUAGACCGGAAAAGGAUCGUGUGAUGAGAGGAUGGUGCAGGACUUGGCCACGUGAGAGAGAGAAACACAGGUCCCUUGAGCUGGUUUUGCAGGUGGGGUCGUUCCCUCCUUUUCAAAACUGAGAUGAGACGAGCUCUUAAAACACCGGGCAGCAAAAACCACAGGAGCGACGGCAGGCAAGUGAGGCACAGCCUCGGCAUUUGGGGUUUGCAAGCGGAUGGCUUUUUACUUGCCGAUCGAUCAGUGGAUACGUUCGUGACUCACACGCUUGCCCCUUGAAAAACUAAAAUGAAACACUGACAUCCACGCCCGAGAGAGGAUUGCACAGCCCCGGAGGCACAGAGGUUUUUUUUUUUCUUUUUCUUUUUGGAUGUGUAGUUUAAAGUUUCAAAUCCUUGUAUAAAAACACAGUAUUGCAUCCUGUAUGUCUUAAUUUUUGUAAGGCAAUCGGCUUUGAAAUGAAUGCUUUCGAUAUUCUCAACACCUUGAAGCAUUAAACAGAAAAACCACCAAGAUUAUUGGAGCCAUCUCAUCAACUCAGCAGUCUGAUAGUAUUAUCAAGAUUUUCAAACAUGCUCUUGGAUUUGGGGUAUAAAGCUUGUAAAGGCAGACCUGACAAUAUUGGGCAUUGUUGGGGUUUUUUGAUCGGGAUGCUUGAGAGCAGUCUGGUUCUCCAAGGGUUAAUAGAAACACAUCUCCCACUACAUUGCAGCACUGAAAUGUAUUGUUUUUUCCCACCCGGAUUGUAAAUAGAUCCCAUUUUAAGGUAAAGAUCAGGGUUACAUGUAUCAUGUUAUCUGAUUUGUAUUGAUUUGCUUUUUCUUUUCUCUUUGACAUUUUAAUUCUCGCUGUAUUUCCUGCACAAGAAACAGGGUUUCGCGCACAAAGGCAAUGCUGCCUUGCUGCACGCCCUGAUAAGAUUUAAGGUUUUUAAUUUUCUGGUUUCAUCCUCAGUGGGAGUGGUUGAACUCCCCCUCUCGGAGCCGAGGAUUAUCCAGAACAAAACUUUAAAGGGGGGGGGAAACUUUCAGAGAAUCUGCCCCUAUAUUUUGUAGUGUAAAGAUGCAUUUUGAUUUUUUUUUUUAAUUGUGUAAAUGGCAUUAUAGUGGACUGGGAAAAGAGGAGUUCAUGUUGCUUUUACACUGUCUCCCUUUUACAGAUGUAUCUUCUUACAGGGGAAAAAAAAAAAAAAGGAAAUCCAACAUCCUGAAGACAAUUUUCUGAAGGAUAGUAAAAGGAGAAGGAAAAAAAAAAUUCCUCCUUCUCUGCCAUUCCCAAUAAACUACUGGGAAAAAACAAACUUUUACAGCUUUAUUUCAUAAUGACAGGUCAAAGAAAUCAAUUGGAAAAGGGAAAGUUUGUUGAAAUCUCCUUAGUGCCAGCUGAAUCGGAUGAGACGGGAGAUGCCAAAUGCACAGACGCAGACCUGAAGGAGGGAAAAAACCCAACUUUCUACAUUGACGUGCGUGGUGUUCAUUUUGCUCUCUGGGUUUUGACUUUGUAAUGAGCUCCCAGGGGCCCAUGCCACCCGGGGGGUCGGAGAGCAAUGUUUACAUUCGUUUAGGUUUUCAAAAUCGAAUCCCUCGAGAGGCGAGGGAGGGAAAAACCUCCUCCCUUUCCUCUACCUUUUAAAGAAAAAAAAAAGUCAGCGGACGUUGCUAUAAUGGAUUAUUAUUUUUAUUAAAUAAAGAAAAGUUUACAGA